UUGAUGACGUUUAACACAGCAUAAUAUGGCCGACUAAGCCAGGCAAGGUUGUGCGUUGGAUUGCGUACUAUCUGAAAAAUAACAAUAUUUUGCAAAAAUGAGUCGAUUUCGUAGUGACAACGAAUUCACAGUAACAACGGGUAGAGAUGGGCAUCGAUCAUUUAUUGAGCAUGAUGACCGAUGGGGACCAAGGUCACAGAGACAUCGUGGAGGCAGUGGUGGAGGGGGAGGUGGAGGGGGGAAAAUUAGAGGUGGUGGAGGAUAUGGAAGAAAUAAUUCUGGAAGAGGUAGUAGGGAGAUAUAUAGACCACCUAGUUAUGGUCGAGGACCAAGAGGUAUAAGUAAACGAGGUCGAGGUAAGAGUGUUACCUUUAAUCCCCGAUCUAGAUUAGACGUUGAUGGGGAUGAUGCAAUGGGAUCAGAGGAUAGAGGGUCUGGUAGACAGCGCUUUAAUCCAUACUCAGCAAGACCACCUAGUAGACGAGGUGGACGACGAUAUCCUUCAGAUAGAGAUAGAGAUAGAGGUAAUUCUUCAGGACAAGGUGGUGAUCACAGUACAUGGUGGAAAGUAACAAUACCUCAUGGUAAAAAAUGUGAGAAAGAUUUUCUUAUUAAAACGAUUCAGUCACUAAUAAGUUGUGGUUCAUUCACUCCUGUACAAUUUCAUUAUGAGAAUAAAAAUGCUGUUUUCUACUUGGAUGAUAGUAAUGUUGCUAAAGCAGUUAGAGCUACCACAAAUAAAGCAACUUUACCAAAUGGUUUUAAGAUGAUUGUAGUUGUCUCGCCAACAUCCCGUCCAUCAUUUGUACUAACAGAUGAGUCUAAAGUUAAGUUAAAAGAAGCUAUGAGUACUCGUUAUGACCCUACUACUAAAGUCUUAGAUCUCAAUACUUUACACAAAGAUACAAGCCUACAAGCAGAUGGACUGUAUAUGUCUUUAAAUAAAAUCAAUGUGAUGUCAGAAGUCAUUAAUAUCAUUAGAGAUAAUAUUCCAGAAUUAGUGUGUUUAAACCUCAGAUCAAAUAAAAUUCAUAGUUUGAAUGGAUUACAAGGGCUUGUUUCUGUUACACCACAUUUAACAAGCCUAGAUUUAUCAGAUAAUGAAUUAAAAACUAUUGAAGAGUUGGACAAAAUCAAGACAUGGAACUUAGAAAGCCUCAAGUUGGACCAUAAUGUUUUGUGUGAUUCAUUUAAAGAUAAAACAUCAUAUAUUAGGUAAUAAGUAGGCAUGUUGACUGAUGGUAUUGUUACCAUGCCAUGUGUUAUGAGUGGAGGAAGUUAUUGGAGUUGUGGUAUCGUUGUGUUGAUCACAUUUUAUCCAUUAACAAUGAAUUUUAGAUUACAAAUAAACUUUAGAAUAUGUCAUUCAAAUGAAUACAUUGCCAUAUUUACUAUAGUUUAAAGCUUGGGCACCUGAAAAGUGUUAUGGUAAAGGCUGUCUUUGACUUCGUCAUAGCAUGAUUAUAAGAAAUCCUAUCAUAUUUUGAACUUAUAUUUUACUAUCAUAAGAGUGUGUAUGAAAUUAUUUAUUAUAAACUGGAGAAAAAAUAUUAUGGAAUAUUAAACAAGUAAACUACCUUGUUUUACUAACAUAUCACAUAAUUAAGUACAUUUUCUCCACUGUAACUAAAAAAUACAGACAUUUUUGGGAUGGAAAUAUAAACAAGUAAUUUAGUGAGAUCCAUGUCUUCAAACUGAAGUUCAUGCCUUUACUAUAGAGUACAAUAUCUUUAUGAUCAUAGAAAUGUUUUUUUUUAACCACACAAUUCUAGAAUACUGUAUACAAAGGAGGAAUCUGUUGAUGGGAACAUUGAUUUACUGCAACAGAUUAUGAAUAAUUUUUGUGGAGGACGAGAGAGAAUGAUGGUAGAAGAAUCCCUGUGAAGAAGCCUAUGAUCUGAGUGUCUUGAUAUAAUUUGGCACCAUGACAGAUAAAAAAUAAAUCUGUAAUUGUUCCAAAUUAACUAUCGGUAGUGUCUUCAAGCAACGCGACAGUUAACCAAUGACGGGUAAGAUCUCUCAGAAGGAGGGACAACCUAAGACAGGUGCUGUCGGGGCUUGAGUUAUGUAGACACAAUGAUGAUCUUACUGAUUUUCUCUUAAUAUUGUGGACUGGUGGAAUUGUUCUGAUAGAAUGCAAUGGAUUUUUGAUAAAAAAAAAAAAAUCUCAAGGCUUAUUUAGAGCUAUAUCGAUAUGAUUUGUGCAGUAAUAAAGAUGAUACUCUGAUAUUUUUAGACAAAUUCCAUCCUCAUAUAUGUCUGUCUAAUUAUAUCUCUGAAUCGCAGAACAUCUCUGAUUGGACCUUUCUGUUAUUCAUUGUUCAUUAAAUUGUCUUUGAUAUGCAGAUUUUGUACAAACAUUUGAGAAAUUGAACUUAAUUAUUGUGUUAUUUCAGUAACAUUCAUGUUAAUAAAAAACAGACUAAUGAAAAUAUCGUAACUGUUUUGGUUAAAAUAUGUUUUUCCCCAGAUAUGCACUGUUAUGAUUGUAAAUCAAAGAUAGGAUAACUUUUUAUAUAAUACCAAUUCUAAAGUAUCAGAAUUGGAAGAUAACUAACACAAAUUAUAAUUGUUCACUUCAGUAUAUAUUUUUUUUCAGUGCAGUGAGAAAAAGAUUUAGCGACAUUGUA